UGGUGAAAGCAUCGAUUGAGUCAACUGGACACUUGUCUUGGAUAAAGAAGUGUCGUACGGACCCAGACACUCCAACCAAUCAUAUGAAAAUCUCCGUCUUCUUGAGAUGCGGAGAGAUCAUCGCCAACGACCUUCCUCAAGUUGCCCUCAUCCCGAACAGCGUCCUCCACCAUCUCAGGGAUGUUAUAUUGUUGAGGGACACCGAGAUCGCACUCAGGGCACCCCUGGCUGAAUCCGAUCCGAAGAUCAAGAAGAACCGCAACAGGCACGUUGCAUUCAAUGCUGUCCUUAAAGACGUUCUUCGCAUGUUGACAGUCGCUCUUCGCCGACUUUCCCAGCGGCAAAACGAAUCAAUCGUUUCUCCUGUGUCGAACAAGUACGACUCGAAUUCAUUCCGUCAUCUAUAUAUCGAAGAGCUUGACGACGCGGUACCCGAAGCGCAGAACAAUAGCGAGAUUUUCUCCGAAUUGGAUCCUGCAGUACACGAUCUAGACAUAAAAGAGGAUGAGAUCGGCCAACAAGACAUUGAGACUUUUCUUGGCCACAAUGUCUUGCUCCUUGGGAUACAACAAGAUGCUCUCCACAUAUGGGGAAAAUGCCAUGCGAAUGAGUUGUCGCCCGCUGCUAGCGGAGUCAUCACUGGGUUCGCAUACCAAUUGAUGCGGGCAGAAGUAUCCAAAAUCGAAGUUACUGAGCAGGUUCCACUCGUCCGUUUUCCUGGCUGUCCUGAUACUGGUAUCAUUGGUCUUCUCUACCUUCUAUAUGAGAACUUCCAUGGUCAGGUAUUGAGGAAGGGCGGCAACACAGUUCGACAGGCGUCAGCCUGGGAUGUUGCUAGGACUCUCUUCAUGCCAACGUUGGAGAGUUACCUCACUGUGUGGACUCUCAAAAACAACGUUGUGAGGACAUACAUGUCAACGACAACUGACAUGCCUCCACUUCCGACACCUGAUCCAUUCACUAAACUGCGAACGGUCGAACAAAUCGAGGCCUCGAACAACGUUCAACGAUAUGAAUGGCAGGCGUCAGGUAGCUUGUGUUUGGUGAAAUUUUGUAAGACCAUGGGUAUCGUGGAACGCAUCGAAGGCAGACAAUGCUAUAGCGUAACGGAUGCGCUGACACGUUUCCUGCCCAAGACCUUGCAAACCGAUAAGCCUGAGUUUUGGGAGGUGGUGUCUCUCGACUUACUGCUUCGAGUUAUACUGAAAUUGAACGAGGAUAACGAUUUCUUCCGCUAGGGUCAAGCGCUGCUU